ACCAACAAUCAGUAACAUCCUCAGUCAAAUGAUCACAAUUUAAACUGUUGGAUUAUCACUUUCAUUGUAACAGUGAAUCAAGUAAAUUGUUGAAAUUGAUUUUGAAAUCAUCUCUCAUUGAUUCUACUUAAUUGUUUCUAAUUAACAUUCAAUCUCUUUAUAAUUAAUUGUUUACUUCUUCUUCUUCUUCUUUCUUUCCAAUCAAUUGUGAUAUCAAUUAUAAUCAGUUCGCCUCUUGCCUUACUUUAAUUGUGAACUAAAUUGUUUCAGUGUUAGAAACACUUUAUGACAUCGAUCAUCGUUUAAAUUUGGUCUAAUUGUUAUGGAUAAUCAUUGAUAAUCUUUUAAAGUUUGUUAAUUAGUUUUAAUUAUUACUUAUUACGAUUGAUUAAAUCAGCCGUGUUUACACCAAUAGUUUUUAUCAUCGACCGAAUUGGAAAUUUCAACAAUUAACUUGUCGUGUUAACGAUCAUUUUGAUAAUAAUCACAAUUUAAAAAGCGACAAAUCAACAGUUAAUCAGCUCGAUUUAUUAUCAAUGAUUCUGGUUAAGAAAUUUUUCAAGGCACUAGUGAGACGGAAACCGAUUGAAGAAAACGCUGAAACAAAAUCGAGACUCGUUCGAUGCCUUAACACUUUUGACCUAACAGCUUUAGGUGUUGGUGCUACUCUUGGACUUGGUGUUUACGUACUCGCAGGUCAUGUUGCCUUCAAACAAGCUGGACCAGCGGUAAUCAUAUCAUUCAUUAUCGCCGCGAUUGCAUCAGUAUUUGCGGGUCUUUGUUAUGCUGAAUUUGGAGCAAGAGUCCCGAAAGCGGGUUCAGCCUACAUUUAUAGUUAUACUACAGUCGGUGAAUUUAUGGCUUUCGUCAUUGGAUGGAAUCUAAUUUUAGAAUAUGCAAUCGGAACUGCAUCGGUUGCUAGAGGUUAUUCUGGUUAUGUCGAUGCUUUGAUCGACAAUAGAAUAGCCGAUUUUUUCAAUGAAACUUUACCUCUUCCAAUUCCGGGAACUUCUGGUUACUUUGAUGGUUUUGCAUUCGGAUUGACGAUGUUUCUUGCAGUACUCCUCUCUUUCGGUGUGAAAGAAUCAACUGGAUUCACUGCGAUAUUUACCGUUGUCAAUCUUUAUGCCGUUUUCUUUGUAAUCAUUGCUGGUGCUUUCCGUGCCAAUAUCAACAAUUGGUUCAUCCCAAAGCAUAAAGUUCCUCCUGGUUUUGGUAAAGGAGGUUUCGCCCCAUGGGGGUUUCAAGGUGUGAUGAAAGGAGCUGCUACAUGUUUCUAUGGGUUUGUUGGUUUUGACGCUAUUGCAUCGACCGGAGAAGAGGCCAAAAAUCCUCAAAGAUCAAUUCCACUCAGCAUAUCGAUUUCUUUGUUUUUAAUUCUAUUGACAUAUCUUGGUGUCGCAAGUGUAUCUACUUUAAUGGCUCCUUAUUGGCUUCAAGGUUCGAAUGCUCCACUUACCGAUAUCUUUCAAUUAGGUGGAGGUUGGUCUGGUUCUACUUAUAUCAUUACUUUUGGAGCGAUAACAAGUCUUUCCACUGCUCUUCUUGGUUCACUUUUCCCUCUUCCUCGAGUCCUUUUUGCCAUGUCUUCGGAUGGACUGAUACCAUCGAUCUUUAAAUCAACGGUAGGAGCUAAAAAGUCACCAAUUUUCUCAACGAUGUUCGCAGGGACGUUUGCAGGUACAAUGGCGGCUCUUUUCACAACCGAUGAAUUAACUGACAUGAUGUCAAUUGGAACACUUUUGGCUUAUACAUUGGUCGCUUUAUCUGUACUUAUAUUGCGAUACCGUGAAGAUCCAAAUUACUCUGUUACAAAGGAAGAAUUGACUGACGAGUAUCAAAAUAGUACUGAUGAGGAUGAAUUAAUCGACUCAAAGCCAAGUUUUAUUUCAAUUUUGUUCAAUCUUGAUGGUUAUAAAGUUCCAAAUAAACAAACAACAGAGAUCAGCACUAUGAUAAUAUUUGCAUUGAGUCUUCUUUGUCUAUUUCUUGAUGGUUGUUUAACUUUCUUCUUUGAGGGCUUACGGGCUGGUGAUCUAUCUUCAAUCAUCGUUGUUGGAGUUACUUUUUCUCUGAUCAUUUGUUUACUGUUUAUACUCAACCGACAACCGCAAUCACAAACUAAACUUGCGUUUAAGGUCCCUUUUUUGCCUGCACUUCCCAUUGUAUCUGCUUUGUUCAACUUCUAUCUAAUGUACAAUUUAAGUGCUCGUACUUGGUAUCGAUUCCUUGUUUGGAUGGCAUUCGGAUUGAGCACAUAUUUCUUGUUUAGCAUAAGAAAUAGUCGUGGAUAUUUAAGCCAAAGUGACCGGGAUGCUAAAAGCAAUGAACUUGAUGGACAGAAUAAUCGAAAUCAGCCCAUCAUUCAGGCUACUUCUAAUGACGAUAUUCAGAGCAAUCGCCUGAAUAAUUUAUAAACAUUAAAGAUAGAAUUAGUUUCUUAUCUAAAUUGUGAUCCUCAAAAUAAUAUCAAAAUUGUAUCUCUCUCUCUCUCUCUCUCUCUCUCUCUCUCUCUCUCUAUGUCUAAUCAUCGAUCUUAUCACCAUAAUUAACUUUCAUCUGUAAUAUUUCAUUGUAGUAAUUUGCAAAAGACCGCAAAAUAUUCUCAUUAAGAAAACAGGAAAAACACUCAAUACAAAUAAAAUGUCAAUCAUAUUUUUUGAUAAGUGAAA